UGGGGAUGAGAUUUCGUGAUGAUCAUAAAUUUAAAAAAUCAGAUAUCAUCACUCUUAAACUGGAGCCUUCUAAUGCAUAUGAUAAGAAUGCAAUAAAAGUUAUGGUAGCUGGCAUCCAUAAAGCCUAUAUGACAAAAGACGAGAAUAUAAGCAUAGGAGAUUUGAUGAGAUAUUAUCCUUGUUAUUGG